AAGGGAAAAGAAAAACACAAAAAACCUUCUGAACCCGCCCCCCUCCGCACCGGCCACCGCCAAUCGCCGCCCUAAUCCGCCCGCGCCCCCAAAUCCCGCGCCGGCGCCCCCCAAGUCGCGCACUCGCGCUGCCUCCAACCCGCCAUCCAUGACGCUGGCUCCCGUAUGUGCUUCCUGCCGGAGCUGGAGGAGGCCGUGAGUCCCAGUGGCGGGCCUAAGGGUUGGUACUCCAGGCAGGCAACCCGCUAGUUCCACCACGAGCCCGACCCUGCGCCUUCGCGUGAGGCCGGGCGCGUCGCCGACCGCCCCCUUCGACUCCCGCGGCCUGCUCUGGCCUCUGGGCAGGGGCGCGCCUCCCGCCCUGACCCUGGCGCUGCCCGCAGCACGCAGCCCCGCACCGGCCUGCACCCGCGGCCUCCCGCCCGUCCGCCCCGACGCGAGCGGCAGGGGGCAAUCUCGGGCAUCAGCCCCAGCAGGCAGCAUCCAUUGCCCAAUUGUCUGCUCUAGUUUCAAAUCCUGGGUACGCUACUGCCUGUGACCCCAGAGCCGGAGGAGCCCGUGACGCCGACCCCUGGAGGAGCCUGCCUGACGCCCCGCCUGCGCUGCCUGCUUUCAGUCCAACCGAGAAUUAAUAUAGCUAGUUGGUGAGGUUCUGGACCUAGUAAUGGCGGAAAGCACUCGUGGUAGUGGUCGCCAUGUGUUUGGGGACUUGACAAAUGUCCUUCGCAAGAGACCUGCCCCAUCAGACCUGGAGAAGAGUAUGGGUGGAAUAAAGAUUAGACGGUUUGAAAAGGACGCUGGGACUUGGAGAGAGUUUGAUGAAUAUGCGAAAAACAGCAGCAGAGGGAAAGGAAUUGUAUAUGGACAUUUGUUUGAUGGUGUUGCCAAAGAGAACCUCGAAAGGCCUUCUAUUUUUCGGGACUCUAAGGUCCAGCACAUGGCUGCUGAAGCAGCUGGGCUGUUAUCCAAGGAGGACAGUGACUUGCAGAACUGUCGUGCAUCAAUAGAUCCAUUUGAUCUCAGUGAUAAGGAGCAGGAUUCUUCGCUGGAAUCUGAAGGUGACUAUGAUGAAGAUGAUGAUGAGAUGGAUGGUGAGUUGCCAGGCCAUUUUAUCGGCUCUGAGCUAGCUAGUAAAACAGCUGCUAAUGACAGCGAGUGUCUGACUCAAGAAGAGAUAGUUGGAUCAUCAGGAAAUCAGAAGCCUCUGUGUUCAUUGGAAUUUACGGCAGGCGGUGACAUGCCAAGUUUUAGUGUUCAGCACGUUUCAAUGAGAACUAAUGGCUCAGAAGCAGCUGUCCCCACAAAGUCUUGUGCUUGUUCGUUCUGUCUUAAGGCUGCCUCUAUGUGGACAGAUCUCCAUUAUCAGGAUGCAAGAAGCCGACUUUCUGUAUUGAAGAAAAGCAUAAAGUUUGCUAGGUUGUUGGAGGCAAAAAGCAAAGGCAAUGAAUAUGCUGCCAGUGUAGCCGGCUACAAGUCAAAACGAGCUGUUGAGAUGGAGUUUGAACUAUCUCAACAAUGGAGAUCACUCUUUCUUUAUACAGAGAAUGCCCUUGUUCGCGAGUCAACACAGCUUCAUUCAGCUUUUGUGAAGUUAAAGGAAUUGAGAGAGAACUGCAAGACAGAUCUUGAGAUGGUAAGCAGUUCACUGGGAAAAUGAGCACUUGAUGGUGGCGUUGCGGUUGCUGAACUUGUUCGGUUUGAUCAAGGUGUGCAUUGACAUAGGCUGUCAGCUUAGGAAUUGUGGUGGUUACCAUCGCUUUGUGACUUUGGCUGUAGUGAUUACUCCUAUCAUAAAGCAUUGUUCCAGAAUGUUUGUAGCUGAUGUAAAAAUCUCCAUGGUGAGGUAGGAGCUGUAUGUUUUGUCUCGUAGGGACGUAGGCAUCUACUUGAUUCUGAUGGUUGAGUGACGUUUUAUACGUUUGAGAGUUUGUGCACUUGAAAAGGCAAGGGGCUUGUACUGCGCAUUGCUCUGUACUGUAUAUGUGAGAACGUUACGUUUAUUUAGGUUUAUUAGGAAAUUCAACAUCGUCAA